AUGGAGACGGCAUCGAGGAUACCGGUGAGCAACGGUUAUGGCAACGGCCAUGCACAUGCUCAUGGCAUCGUCCACCACCACCAUGAUAUGCAUCCCGUCAAGGUGGAAGUCAAUAAUAGGCAUGGAUUUGGGUCUGUGUCUGUGCCUGCGGUACACGACUCUAGUCUCGCCAACAACAGCAAUACCGGUAGCAAGCCUUCCGCACCCAAUAAUACCAAUACCAAUACCAAGAUCAAUACCAAUAGCCCCAAUGGCUCCAAGAAACAGCCCAAAGAGCCCGCAAAGAACAGUAAAUCGCCCGUCAAAGCUGCUCCUGCCGGCCAGCGCUUCCAGUGUCCGAGAUGUCCCAAGAAUUUCAGCCGCAUCGAGAAUCUCACACGGCACCAGGCCAAUCAUGAAGAGAUGGGAAAAUUUGCUUGCAAUAUUUGCAAGAAACGCUUUACCAGAAGUGACUUGCUCAACCGCCACCGGCGUAUUCAUGAGGGGUCGACAAAACAGCACGUGACCCAGAUUGAACCUACUUCAUCCUCCCCACCGCAGCCCCAGCCGGAUACCCAGCGGUAUGACCCAGAGGUGCAUAAUGGUGGACGGUCGAUGCCUCAAGAAACAAGUCUUCCUCUCAUUCAAGAUCAUCAUCAGAAUGGCCUUGCAAAUGGCCAACCCGAUCCCAAUAUAAUCUCCAAUGGCCACUCAAGUGGUGCUUUGUUGAAUGGUCUCCCUAACGACGUCUAUCACGAACAACAUCAAAAUAUCUUUAUCGAGCAUCCUAAUGCUGGGUACCAAAAUAUUCUGCCACAUGAAGGGCUUAACGGCCAAGCCCCCGCUCUGCUGCAGGGACCUCCGAAUCCGUCUCAAGGUCUUACAAGCUUAAUGGAAGCUGCAUUGGCUCCGCAGGAACCAUAUCCCUUCACAUUCACACCAUCCGAGACCUUCGACCCAAACCUCUGGGGUGGGUUUAUGCUUUACGGAGACAACGCCAACGCAUAUAUGGGUACAUAUAAUGCUGAUAUCUCCUGGUCUCUAAACACUUUCGGCACUGACAACUCUCCACACUACGACAUGGAGAAAGGUGUGGGUGAUUUCCCUGGUGAUCCAUAUCACUAUGUCCCUUAUCAGAAAUAUGAAGUCCACCCCAUUGACGCUGCUGAUGCCGAGGAUGAAGAGACGAACGACUGGCCUGACAAGGCUGGUGAGAGUGAUGCUGCCCAUAAUCUUUGUCGUGCUCCUCGCAUUGUUCCGCUUCAUCUUAUACCUGUCUCAUGGCAGCCUAUCCUUGAUGAAGCAAGAGGAGCUGGACUCACGGCCUCAACUAUUCAUCCCUUCCAGCAUAUAAACGAUUCCCUUCGGGAGACAUUGCUGACCGUUCUGGACGGAACCCAAUUCGGCAGAAAUGAGCUCUCUCGUGCCGAGAUUGCCGAUGUGAUAUUUCCACCGACUGAUGUAUUGGAUUUCUUCCUUCGCCUCUAUAUCAGGUUCGUUCAUCCGAGGUUUCCGGUUGUCCAUCUUCCUACUUUCAAUAUAUAUCGCAGCCCUCCUCUGCUUCUUCUUGCUAUGAUGUUCCUUGGCUCGGGGCAUUCCCGGAUGGACAGAGGUCGAUUCUGUCGUCUCUUUUAUGAUCAUCUCAGGAUUGCCUGCUUCCGUAUGCAGGAAUUAGAUGAGAAAUAUCUUCGAUCCGCCGACAACAUCCUGACAUACUUCCUACUCUGCUUGGCUGGUACAUGGAGUGGAAGCAAACCGGCGUACGAAUUCUCCGAAGGGAAUAGAGGUGUACUAAUUACUGCUCUUCGUCGAGCUCGGCUCUUGGACUGCCGUCCGUCGGCUAAUGUGGAAGUUAAUCACUUCCAACGCGAGAGUAUGAGUCCAUCCGAUGCUGCUUGGAUGGCGUGGGUAGAGAAUGAGAAGAAGAAGAGACUUGGGAUGUCUAUCUACGUCUAUGACUGUAUGUUCCCAGCGUUGUUUAACAACCAGCCGUACAUCAGUAAAGCAGAAACGACAAAUUGCGUCUUUCCUUGUCCAGAAGAGUAUUGGGAAUCGCCCACUGCUGAAUCAUGGAGGAUGCUUGUUGGUGCGGCUGAUGGGCCACCUGUGACAUACUUUUUGCAUGCUCUGAACGCUUGUCUCCUCCGUAAACGCAUGAAGCCAGCUUCUCCAAUCGCCAAGACAGGAGGUGAACUCGGAAAGAUUAUUCUGCUUUACGCCCUUCAGACGCAAAUAUUUGAAUGGCGUCAAUCAACAUCUAUGAUGAAUCCAACUGGACUAAUGGGCGCUUUCGGGGCCUCUGCUCUUCCUGUCGGUGAGAGUCUAAGGGAACGUCGAAGGUGGCUCGUAGAUGGCCUCGACAGUUGGGGUGACUGCUACCUAACGGCCGAAACAAGCGUUUCAGCGACCCUUCUUCAAAAGCUCGCCUACAUCUCCCUCGACGUCAGCCUCUCGGACAUGCACCUCGUCGCCGGGCGAUCCAACAAUACCAACGAUGGCGACUUUGCCGAAGAAAAUCUCAAGCAUUGGGCGAAUAGCGAGAUGGCGAAUACAACUAUGGCACACGUGUACAGCAUGCUGGAUCUGUGCCACUCGUGUGUCAAUUCUGGCACUGUGCCGGAUAGUAGUUUUGAAGUUGCCAUUUGUCUAUUUACAGGUGGCAUUAUUUGUUGGGCGUAUGCUAAGUUGAAGACUGAUGCGCCAAGGGAGAAGUAUCUUAAGCAUAUGCGCAAUGCUAGUGCGGCGCUAACGGAGAUGGGAUGCUGGAGGAUGUGUUGUAUGUUUGGACGGAUUUUGAAAAGCUUCGAGGCGCAGAGGGCUUCUUAG